ACACGGCUCCCUUCCAUCAACUUUCCCGCUAGUGUUCUUUCCCGAAUCGUUGAAAUUACGCGGACAGUGUGUUAUUCUGUGUUAUUCGACUCGAUUGCAACGAGGUCGAGGGUGAAUCGAGAAUCUCGUACCGCGCACCACCCGAAUCUCAACGACACCAACAACUAUGAAUCCUGGAGCGUGAUGGACAAGCUCGAGUACACGACCACGACCAACUUGCGGCUACGCCUCGCCGGCAUGUUCAUGGAUAUGUGGAUAUUCUUCCUGUUCGUCGCCAUUGCCGACGUGGCGGCCUCGGUGGAGGUUCACUUCGAGAACAAAGAUGGGGGAUUUUUCCUGAAGCACAUACCGAGGCAGUACUAUCCCGUGAGAGGGGAUCCCAUCUCGGCGAUAUCUCCGUCGACGGGGACGUUGUCGAACGGGGUGCCGUCGGCUGCGCCGGGCUCCGUCCUCUCGAUAGACAAAUUCACGGUGUUCCAGACGAGCGAGCCGGUCUCGGUGCGGGCCACCUACGGCCCGUUUAGCACGAAGCAAACCGUGCCCGCCCGUUACAUCGUGCCGGAUCCAUUGGACGCGUUGCCCGGUCCGGAAACGAGGCGGAAUCUGACGGCUGCGACGAUUCUGGACGCGCAGGAGCUGGGCGCCCGCCACCUCGACAUGUCCGCCCAUCUGGUCGGGAACAGCGUGGCCCGCGACUCCCCCGUGCUCAGGGUGUUGUUCCACGCCGGAAGCGAGGCAGGCGGAAGGCGGCAGUUGCUCCUUGCCCGGCAUCAGAGAGUGUGCGUGGUUCUGCACGCGAGCUUGGCCACGCCGUCGAGGAGCACCGUUAACAGAAACAACGGGAGAACCUCUUACUCCUCGUCCUCCUCCUCUUCCCCCUCCUCCUUCUCCAGUUCCUCGUCCGCCCUAACGGCAGCCUGCAGCCCGGACGGGGAGAACGGAGUUUGUUUGGCGCAGAUCACCAUACCUGCCGAUUGGUGGGCGCCGUUACCACCGCCGGACGCUUCCGGCCGGGUCAAGGUCGCCAAGAGCCUGCCCAGGCUCGUGCAGGUCGCCUACUCCGUGCUCGAGCCGAGGACGGAGGAGGCCGGCUCGGCCGACAACGGGGCAGCAGGCUUCUGCAGGCCCAGGGUCCAGAUCCAACCCGUCACGCCGCUCGGCCAGGUGCCCCUCGCCCCGAACCGGGCCGAUUACAAGGAGCUCAAGGCCGACGAUUCGCUCACGCUUCUGGUACCGCACGGCCCCCUCUACCCGAGGUCCCGGCUCCACGUCCCGGCCUUCCUUCACCCGUCGAAGAUCACCGAUCCGAGGCAGGAAAGGGCGCCGCUCGUCAUCGCAGUUUACCUUAGGGCCAGGGUGAAAUCCGGCGUGAAAAUCUUGGACGCCUCGUCCAGCAACCCGGACUGGAUCGUCGACAGCAAGAUUAACGCGAAGAACACGAUCGCCACGUUCACCGCGAGGCGAAAGGAGAAUGCCUCCCGUUUACCAAGCGCAUCGGCGGAGGAGAUCCUCACGAUGCUUCUCGAGGCGAGCGAGGAGGGGAUGGAGGGGAAUUGGGACGGUGGCCGAAUUGUGUGGAGCGUGCGUUACGCUUUCGACAACGGAUCCCAGUUGAACGGGAUGGACCAGCUGCAGCAGAGGCUGCAGCAGAGGCAGAUGCAGCAGCAUCAUCAUCAUCAUCACGCCGAGAGGCGGAAGCUGCAGGUCCGUCUCGAGAUACAGAAGGACGACAUACAGGCUGUCCUGCCUAUAUCUAAGAACUGGGAGGUGAUGAACACGGCCGUGUUGACGGGUCGGCAAGUAUCGCAGGGGAUGAAGGUGUUCAUCGUGAGCCAAGCUGGGACCGUGGCCGACGUCACGUUGCAAUCCUCCUGCCACUCGGAGGACGAGAGUGUGCUCAAGGUAUCGUCCUCUUGUAGCAGCGUGUACGUGGACGGAACCGAGUUACGAGGCUCGAGCAACGCUUCCGUCCUCGUCAAAUACGGCACGUACACCGGCCUGGCCAAAUUCACGGUUUGGAUGCCGGAAUUUCCUCUCGAGAUGACCGUGGCGGACACGAGAUUGAGCCAGAUCAAAGGGUGGAAAGUGGCCGAGGAGCACGUGGCGGGGGCGAAAAGCAAGCGGAGUUUGAACUCGACGAGCGAGCCUGCCUCGAAGACGAAAAAGAGGAGCGCCGCGGAGUUGGAGGACACCUCGAUGGACAUCGAGGACGCGGACGUGAUCCUGGAGGAGGACGAGCAGGAAGAGAGAUUUCGCGGGAACGACAAUUGGGACGCUAUCAAUUCCAUCGACAGGGGGGGGCCGUCGGGGAGCAAUUGCAGGCUCCGUUUCCAGCAGAGCCCGGUCGAGGUGCACGCGAGAUUCCUGGCUACCGACCACGAUUCAGGCAGGGUGUCCUAUUUCGUGAAUCGUCGAACUUGGCUACGCGUGACCGAUCUGGUGAACGGGAUGCUCCGAGUUUCGGAUCCGAGGAUCGCCGAUCUGUUGCAGGGAAGGAUCGUGCAGGGCCGCGGUGUGGGGAGAACGGAAGUGCAGGUCCUCUCGCCGAUCACGAGCAAAGUGAUCGGCGCGAAGGAGGUGCGAGUGGGUAACGAUCGAGUGGCGAUCACCAGGCUGUCCGUCAGAGUGGUGUCUGGCUUGCAGCUGACCAUCAGCCCCGACACAGCUAUAGAAAAUGGAUACGUGGCAGAGACAUCGGUCACGAGGAAGUUGACCGCUCAAUAUCAGGAGGGUCUGCUGGAUAUAGACGUGGAAUUCUCGGACGGUACGAGAACACCGCUGAGAGAAAUCGCGGUGAACGAUUAUCACUUGUUGGUGGAGAGUUUAGAUCCGGAAGUAGUGGCGUUCGCCCCGAUGGUCGCCUCUCAUCAUCCGCGAGUAAUCGCAGUGGGCGAGGGACGAGGCGAUUUGUUACGAGUCAGCCUCCAACUGGCGGACGCCUGUCGUCUGACCGGCAGGCGGUCUGGGAAGGGAUCUCAAAGGGCUACCGCCGCCACCCUUGCCACCGCUUCCGCCAACGUCGAGGUGGAUUUCGCCUCGAGCGAUCUUCCCAAUCGACCCGAAUUCGUGCAGAACGACGGAGGUGGGACGGUCGGCUCUCAUCAUCACAGGGAGAGGAAGACCAGCAGAGAGAUGGCGCCCGAUUUGCACGACAUCUUAAUCGGGCUACCGCUGAAAGACGAGAACGGGCACGAGCACGAGCACAAGCACGAGCACGAACCUUUGGUGCAGGCACGGCAGCACCGCACGGCUAUAGCUAAUGGCAUGUCUUCAGGAGGUAUGGGCGGUGUCGGGAUACGGCAUCACGGAGGGGCGCGUAUGAGUCCACUCGAGAUCGGGAUGUACGUCCUUCUCGCGGCCUUCUGUUUCGCCAUCGUCGUCUUCGUCGUUUCCUGCGUGGUCUACGCGAGCAAGUUCAAGCCUCAGCCGCCGGAUUCCCCGUUGGCCGGCUCCGCGCUUCCCGUUCUGUCCGGCGCGGCGAGAGCCAGAGCCGCGGCCAACCAGUUGGCGUCGGGAAGAAGACCUCCCAGAGAGUCUACGACGAACGCGCACGAUUGGGUCUGGCUGGGACGAGCCACCCUCGAGAGGGCCGCUUGCGGACCGCAACAGGUAUCUCUCUUCUUAUUUACAAUCGUAUCGGAUUCGUCACGGAUCUACGUUUCGCUUUCCAACUACGAGCGAAUCGUAGCAGGAGGAGGAGACGCACAUGAUGUCGCUGUAUCUACGUUAAGUGUGAUAAAUGCGGAUAAAAUAGAAAAUACGAUUGACGAGGCGUCGACGGCAAUGACGGCGACGGCGACGGCGAAAAAGACACGACGAAGACGGCGAUGA